UACGUGAACAAAUAGCGGAGGGGCAACAGGGCCAGGAAGGCUUGUGUAACUUUGCAAACGUGCCAGAAAGUUUAACAUCUCCCCUCCUUCCUUCACUCCAGACACUGCCCGCUUGCCGGGACUGCCGCGCAUCCCGUCCCUUCCAGGCCUGGGGCCCGGAGGAACCGGUGCCACGUCCGCGCGCCCCUGGGCUGGGAGGGUCCGCAGCCCACGCGGACUCCAGUGGGCGACGCCGCACCCCGCCCGCCUCCCUGGACGAAGCUUUCUCCCGCUUUCACGUGACUCGGGCCGGGACUUAGUUUGCUCGGAGGCAGGUCCUCCCGAGGGGCUCUCCGGCAGAGGCAGCGAUGCGCUUCGCCUGGACCGUGCUCCUGCUGGGGCAGCUGCAGCUCUGUCCCCUUCUGCGCUGCGCCCCGCAGGCCCCGGGCCAGCAGCAGCCCCCGCCGACUGCUCAGGGCGCCUGGCGCCACCGGAUCCGAUGGGAGAACAAUGGGCAGGUGUUCAGCUUGCUGAGCCUGGGGUCACAGUACCAGCCGCAGCGCCGCCGGGCCCCUAGCCCCGCCACCCCGGCCGCAGACGGCGCCGCAGCCCCGCAGCCCCGCACGCCGGUGCUGAUCCUGCGCAACAACCGCACGGCUGCGGCAAGGGCGCGCUCGGCGGGCUCUGCAGGGUUCGCACCCCGCCGCCCCGGGCCGGCCGCCCGCCGCUGGUUCCAAGCGGGCCACGCUGCGGCCUCGCGGGCAGGGAACCGGACCGAGCCGACACAGCUCCCGGCGAUCAGCACCCUGCGGCCGCCCAGCCACGUGGACCGCAUGGUGGGUGACGACCCGUAUAACCCCUACAAGUACUCCGACGACAACCCCUAUUACAACUACUACGACACGUACGAGAGGCCCCGGCCCGGAGGCAGGUACCGUCCGGGGUAUGGCACCGGCUACUUCCAGUAUGGUCUCCCGGACCUGGUGCCCGACCCCUACUACAUCCAGGCAUCUACAUACGUGCAGAAGAUGGCUAUGUAUAACCUGAGAUGCGCCGCGGAGGAAAACUGUCUGGCCAGUUCAGCAUACAGAGGAGAUGUCAGAGAUUAUGAUUACAGGGUGCUAUUAAGAUUUCCCCAAAGAGUGAAAAACCAAGGAACAUCUGAUUUCUUACCAAGCCGUCCAAGAUAUUCCUGGGAAUGGCACAGUUGUCACCAACAUUACCACAGCAUGGAUGAAUUCAGUCACUAUGACCUGCUGGAUGCCAACACACAGAGCAGAGUGGCUGAAGGUCACAAAGCAAGUUUCUGUCUUGAGGACACAUCUUGUGACUAUGGUUAUUAUAGGCGAUUUGCAUGCACUGCACACACACAGGGGUUGAGUCCUGGCUGUUAUGAUACCUAUGCAGCAGACAUAGAUUGCCAGUGGAUUGAUAUUACAGAUGUACAACCUGGAAACUACAUUCUCAAGGUCAGUGUCAACCCCAGCUAUCUGGUGCCUGAAUCAGACUACAGCAACAAUGUUGUGCGCUGCGACAUUCGGUACACAGGACAUCAUGCAUAUGCCUCAGGCUGCACGAUCUCACCGUAUUAGAAAGCAAGUCCAGCUUCCAAUGGAUAAAUCAGUGCCUGGUGUUCAGAAGUGAGAAAAAAAUAGAUUAGCUUCAGUAGGAUUAACAUAUUUUGAAAAAGAGAACAGAAAACAAGAAAGGAGUUUUUGUUUGGACUAUUUUACAGCAAAGCACAUAACUGGAUUUUGAACAAUUAAAUCAGCACUAUUUGGGAAGUUUUUAGUAUUUAGUCACAUUGUGAAUUAACAACAGUAUUUCAAUUCUGUAGUUAUAUACUUGGUUCUUUCAAAUAAAUCCCAACUUCGUAUACUUCUUUUGAAAUUAUAGUAUAAAAGAGAAAAUAGUAUUUUAAUGAAUGAACCAAAAUUACUUUGAACUGAUUAUUUUCUAAAGUGUUGAGACUUCUGUGAAACAUAAUAAUAAUGGGAUUAUAUGUCUUAGGAUAAAUUAAUUUAGAAAUGCUCCUACAGUUUAAAUAGAUAUGCACACAUUUGGUGCUGUGGAAAGAACAAAUAUUAUUGGUGUCAAGAAAAAUUAUUUAGCAAAGAAAUGUCAAUAUAUGUAUUCAGAUAGUUAUAUCCCUAUAUAAAAAUUAUGUUUACAUUUUCUAAAUUAGCAGAUACUUUCUUUCUGUGAAGUGCACAGUUUCAUUUUCACUUGAGGCAACUUUUAUUUGGAAGGAAUUAGGUAAUUGAGCUGUCCAAUUCUUGUCUGAUAUUUGUUGAUGCUCCCCUGUACUCUUACUUUUUCUAUAAGCAGAGACAUUUCAUGUGACAUUCUUGAAAUUAUCAUUCUGGGAACCAGUACACAUAGGACAACUUUGUAACUGGGAAGUGUUUCCGGGAUGUGAUACAUUCAGAAAUAAUAUUCAUUUAAGCAUGUUGAAGUGUUAGCCAAAAAACUUCCUUGAAGACAUAAAAAUCAGAAGAAAACACCAAAACCACAGUCUCUCAAAUAGUUAAAAGAUAAUGAAAAACAUGUUAAGAUCUUCAACUCUCCUAUAUUUUUUAACAGUUCAGCUAUUAAAAAGGAUGCUAAGAAUCUUUAAUUAUCCACAAUAGAUAACAAUAGUACGGGCAGAAUACAGGAAUUAUCAUUCCAGGAUAUUCAGGAACUGGUCAUACGUGUUUUUGUGUGCGUGUGUUUUUACAUAUAGUCCAAAUUAGCAAGGUACAUACUACAGAGUGUUGCAUAUAUGAGGGAUUGAUGAAUAAGAGAAGAAAGUACUUUGUGUAAAACCAAGGAUUGUACUCCAGACUGAGACAGCUGUGAUUUUGUUUUAAACUGUGAAACUAUGUGCAACAACAGAAUUUGGAAAAUCUUUUCUUAAACUCAAAGAUGCAGAAAGAAAUCAAACUAGACUCUUAAUUUAGUGGUGCUUAGGCAGAAGUUUUCCCAUAUUUAAUUAGUAUUGAAUCUCAAGCAGGGUAUUUGCGGUGCCAGAACACAUUAGGUAAAAUUUUAAAAGUGAGUUGGCAUCCUGUCUUAUAUGUCAGAGAUCUGUAAAGUCAUCACCAAUUACUAGUAAUAAUUUUGCACUUACUGGGUGCACAGCAUGAUAAAAGGACAAGAGAUGAUCAAGAGAUAAUCAUCAAAGGAUAGAUGGAAUGGUACACAAGGUCCUUAUCUGCCUGCACACACUUACCAAUAAAUAUAGAUGGAACUUUCACUGAGCUAGUAUCUGAGCUAUGUGAUACCUUCUUUGCCUUAAACUGCUUUUUAGUCUAAGAUUGUAGAAUGACUCUUUCAAAUUGUAUCCUUUUCUAAUAGAGAUAUUUUAAUAUACUUGCUUAAAAAAAACUACUGUCAGUAUUAAUACUGAGCCAGACUGCUGGCAUCUAUAGAUUUAGUAUCUAUUGUCUCAUAAAAUUUUUUACCCCUGCAUCAAAAAUUAAGACUGUUAUGAAGGCCUUUGGAUAGAUAAGAGAAAAUGCAUCUAUAAAAAUCUCAAUAAGGUCUUUUAUCUGUCUAUCCAUUCAUCAUCAUUUGAAAACCUAAUAUAAACCAAGCACUCACGUGCUAGGCAUUGGGACACAUACAACAUUGUCUCCAACCUCAAUAAGUAUGAAAAAUGUCAUUAUUACUCAUUAGGUUCAUCUUAUUUUAACAACUAAAAGUACACGGCCAUAUUUAUAAAAAUAAAAGUUAAUAAUUAUAUGCACAUAUGUAUUUUUAAUAAUUAAAAAAAUUCAAAUCCCUGAAAUAUUUAUUAAAUAUAACAUUUACUAUUUGGAUGAUUUUGCAAAAAAUUUUUUCAAUUGGAAGCUAGAGAUUCUUGUUUAUUCUUUCUGGGAACAUUCCUUCCCUUACCAUCAUCCUUAAACACUUACAAAAACUUGUGUUAACACUCAAUAGUUUUGAACCUUAAGAGGUCUUUUCUCUGAAUAAAUGUCAAAAUUCACAGAUAAUGAUUAGCAGGUGAAGGUUAUCAUUUAAUAAAAGAGAGAACACAAUUCAGUCUUACCAAACUAAGAGAGGCUGUGGAAACAAUACAAAGAACAUUGAGUACUGAGAAGAGACUAGCUUUUACACUAUAAGGGCUGCAAAUAAGUGGAAAAUAAUUUAAUAAGCUCACUAUCUGCCACAUUAGUGGUUUUGUAAUUACUCAGACCACAGUCUGGCUUAAAGCUAUUUUGGCCUUCGAGACUAGGAGUCAGUCUCUCAACAGUACUAUAAGAUCUAUGAAUAUGCAAUUUGCCUAUUUCCAGAAAUCUUUAUAUUUUUAUAUGGUAAUUUUAUUUACAAUUUAUCUAAUUAUUCACUAGGAAUUAUUUGUAAUAAUGAUUUUUGCUCUUUGAAAUCUCACAAAUAGUUCAUUUAUAAACAUUCCAAAUGCUCAAAUUUUAGAGAAAACACAGUACUAAGAUUUUCCUGAUACUGAGAGAUAAUUUUUAGGAGAUUGAAAUCCUGAUCUUAAGAUAUAUUUUUUUUUAAUUUUGCUUUGAAACUAACAGUAUGUUAAAGGAUUAAAAGUACCUUUUUCUGUAUUGUUUUUUGAUUUAUAUUCACAAUCAAUAUAUUUAAUCAAUAGAUUGUUUCAUUCCCAGGUACUCAAAGUUCUGGGCCACUUUUGAAAGCAAAGUAUUGCAUUUGUCCUUCAAGCUAAAAUGGUGCUGAAUUAUUUAAACUUGAAUGUAAAAUGCAUUAAGUGUUAGCUCAUGGGAGACAAACAUUUAAUUAAUAUAUAUAACUACUUGCUAAAAACUAAGCAACAUGUCAUUUGGUAGUAUGUUUUUAAGGCGAUUUUACUUUCUCCCAAAUAUUUCUGUAAUCCUAUUUGUAAAACAAUUGUAACUUUUUUGAAGAGCUUUUAUUUUUCUUGUCUGCAUUUUCAUAUUCAUUUAUCAUUUUACUAUUUCAUAUUCUUUUAUUAUAUGACUAUACUAUAAUUGCAAGAUUAUAUAAAAAUACCGUGAAUAAAUGAUUUCAAGUGUG